UCCUCGAGUGUCAACGGAGUUAAACCACGCCCAUCGGCUGCUGAUCAGAGAGGGAAGCUGGUAAUUCACUCUGCGAGGCAGCAAUAUGAGCGUUUGUACCGUUUCUUGAGUGAACGCGCGACGUGACGAAAUUCCAUAGCCAUAAAAUCGCGUGUCGAAAGUGUCAUCGGAUCGCGUGCCCGUUCGCGGAUUCAGUGAGUGAUUCAGUGUCGUGAUUAGUUUGAACUCGUACACGUGGAUACGAUUUUUGGUUAGUUUUUUUCCGGAGCUCUGGAAGGAUAUCGUCGGUUGUCGGAUCAUUUGCCUCGAGGAAUUGCUUUCGGUGAAAGGAAUUUCUCGAUUUAGGCUAGGAUGUCACAUCACAGCGACGAUAACAUGCUAAUAGCAACCUCGGACUCCUUCUGGGAGCCGGGUAACUACAAGCGGACGACGAAAAGGAUCGAAGACGGCCACAAGCUUUGCGACAGCUUAAUAGCGUUAGUACAAGAGAGGGCGGAGAUAGAGAAGAGUUACGCGAAAGCGUUGAAGAAUUGGUCGAAGAAUUGGAACGAUAAGAUCGAGAAAGGACCCGAAUACGGAACCACCGAGGCAGCAUGGAAAGGCGUUCUCGUUGAAGCGGACAGGUUAUGCGAUCUUCAUCUCAGGGUUAAGGAGGAUCUAUGCAACGAUAUCAUUCAAAAAGUGAAAACGUGGCAGAAGGACAAUUACCACAAAUCGAUGAUGACUCUGAAGGAACGCAAGGAGAUGGAGGAUGCGUUCAAGAAGGCGCAGAAACCUUGGGUGAAGCUUUUGCAGAAGGUCGAAAAAUCGAAGUCAGAAUAUCACAACAGCUGUAAAACCGAGCGAACUGCCGCGAAUAUGGAGAGGAACGCCUCCGCGGACAGUUCGCUUUCGCCAGACCAGAUGGCCCGAGGCUCUGAAAACGUGAAGAAAAUGCAGGACAGAGUGCAGAAAACGAAAGAGGAGGUGCAGAAGGCGAAGGAAAAAUACGAGGCCACACUGCAAGAAAUCAAUCAGUACAACCCCAAGUACAUGGAAGACAUGACUCAGGUGUUCGACAGGUGUCAAGAGAUGGAGGCGCAACGGCUCCAGUUCUUCAAGGAGGUGGUUCUAUUCGACCUUCACAAAUGCCUAAAUAUAUCCCAAGAUCCAAUACUUCCCCAAAUAUACGAGGAAUUCUAUCACACGAUCAACAAUGCGGACCACGAAAAGGAUCUGAAAUGGUGGUCAAAUAAUCACGGCGUAAAUAUGGCGAUGAAUUGGCCACAGUUCGAGGACUACACAGAGGAGUUCCGUGACAUCACCAAAGGUUCGAAAUCCAAGGAGGCACUUCCGGCUGGCUCCAUCACGCUCAUCAAUCAACGCCCGGUCGGCGAGGAUCUGCAUGAAUUCCCACCAGUUAACAAUAAAUCCAAAUCAAAGCCCAGUUCCCGAGUAAUAUCAACAGAUGGAAGUCACGGAGAUAGCAAAACCGACACAAUUAGUUCCAGCAAACAUUCUACAGAAAAAAAUAACCAUGAUGGCAAUACUGUAAACAGAACGUCUACGAUUACUAAUGGUACAAAUGCUAAACAAGAAACAAAUCCAUUUGAAGAAGAGGAAUGGGAUGAAGAUGGUGGUGAACCAUUAGUAGACAACGGAGAACCAGGUGUUCCUGUGCGUGCGUUAUACGACUAUGAAGGAGCAGAAGCAGACGAGCUUAGCUUUAAACAAGGUGAUAUAUUUGAAAAACUAGAAGACGAAGAUGAACAAGGAUGGUGUAAAGGAAGAAAAGAUGGAAGAGUAGGUUUGUAUCCUGCAAACUAUGUAGACCUUGUGUCUCAGUAAAUUAGUAUGUGAAGCCAAAUUUCAUGAACACUGUUAGUUAUUUAACAUGUGAAGUGUACGAAAAGGAAAACGAAAUUUUUAUUUUAUUGUUUAUUUCUCUGUGAAAUAACACCCUCAUUAAAAUUUGUAAAUGUCGUUAGGUAAGAGUUACACAAGACUAUAUUAAAGAACAUUCAUUUUGUGUGAUAUAAAAUGACCGUUAAAGAUAACGAAUAUUAAAGUUCGAUAUACCAAGUAAAUGAUGCAAGUUUAAUGAUUGAAAAUGUAACAACAGACGUCAAGAAUAAUGAAAUUGUGUGCAACCACUUUGGUUCUUUUUCUGAAAUCAAAGUAGCUCAUUGCAAAUAGCACUUAAAAUGAAACUUUUAUCCUGACAGAUAAUAGUUUUCUAUAGGUAGGUAGGGUUAUUUGCAUCCAUCUAUAUAGUUAUCACUAGACAAUAAGAUGGAUAAUGCAUAUGCCACAGGUAUAUUAAGUUUAGAGUUUCGAGAUAAUGUACAAUUAUACAUUUUCUGACUCAUUACCAUUGUUGCUAUUAAACAUUUCGGCAAACACGGCGAGAAGUAUAUUUAAUUUAUUGUUAUUCAAAUGAAUACUACUAAAACUUAUUCUGUCUGAAUGAUAUCAUUGUAUAUAAUAGAUCUAAGAGUAUAAUGGUAUGCAAAGUUGCAAUUGUUUAACAGUGUUAAGAUUUUAUGAUAUUUGAAGUGCAUUGGCAUAAAAAUGGAAAACUUAAAAAAUACGUACAUCAAAUGUACCAAGUAAAUAAAUUUGGGACCCAAAAUUGUCCAAACCGUUUUUUUAUCGAUUAAGCAUCGCAGCUUUAAUGUUUAUAAAAAAUCAUAACAAAUUAUUGACUUCUAAAAGCAUAGAUUUCAGUUAUAAAGUAUUAUAAUAUUGUAAUGAUAUUAAAUAUGUAUUUUCUACCAAAUUCUAAUGGCGAAUUUACAUAAUUGGUUGUCUUGUACAUAAUUUUCUUUUGUCAAAGAAAUAUUCAAUUAUUGUUUACAAAUAGAGUUGUAAUACCUUUUUAAUUUAACGAAACUUUAUACAAAAUUAAAUACAGCUUUUGAAAAUAUUUCAUAUAAAUACUACUCUUCCUAGUAAACGUGACAGGACCUAAGAUGUGAAAAUGAAAAUACAAAAUGUAUUGAAUGCAUUAAUCUUCAUUCAUAGUAUGAAUUACUUAAUAUUGAGUUAAAUAUUCACUAUAAAUCGAUGUACCUUCACUACUGCAUACUUUCAGAAUACAUUUAGAGUAGACACACAAGAUAUGUUAAUGUAAACGACAUUGCAAAGUAAUCACAAAACCAAACGAACUGUAGAUGUAAAUGGUUCAAAAAGGAAGCAUUUAUAGUUUUCCAUGUAACAAGAUGAAUACAAAUCAAUUAGAGUCAGCUUUAAUAAAGUCAGUUGUUAUUUAUAUACUUUGAUUUCGCGAAGCGCUCACAGAAGUUGACUUACAGUCAAGUUAAUAAUAAUGGAUAGUGAUAAAAUGCUAGUUAUUCGUCACAAGUAACAAGUGUCACUGUACACAAUAUUUAUGUAAAUAUAUAGUAGAAUAUAAUAAGAUUUACAAUUCAACCAGCGACUGAUUUUUGUAAUUGUUUACAUCAUUAGUCCUCCAAAUUGUUUUCUGUAAAGAGUGUUCGCGAUUCCAUGAUGUUGUUAAAUAGAAUCUAGUUUGUGUAUAAAAUUUAUUAUGUAUAGCUUAAUAAGUAAAAUAUGUAUGAAAUAUUAUACAGUUCAUAAUACAAGCGACUUUUUUGAUUAACUGUCAAUGAUGCGUCAAUGAAUUUCAUGAAGUAUUGAGUUGUUUAUGCAUUAUUUAAUUGCGGAAAUAAGUAUUUAACGUGGGGUAUAAUGUGAAAUUGUUGAAGAAAAAAUAAUUUGUGUAUAACAUUAUUUCAUAUAAAAACAUUAUAUUUACAUACUCAUUAAUGUACACGUUAAAUUUCAAUCGACAAAAUAUGUUACACUUUAUACAUGAGUGUUUCUUUUAUCAGAGAUUCUAUUUCUAAUCCUAUUUCUAAUCCGUUCUACAUGAACAUUUCAUCGCGUAGAUUUUAUAUUACACUUCAUAUUUGUUGAAAAUA